AUGACAGUCUUCGACGAUGCUGAGGGGGACAGUUCUGUGGCAUCGUCUUCCCAUUAUGACCCAUAUUAUGGGAGAAUACUGAGAAUACCUGGGCCUGCGCCGGUUUCAGGCAGCUUGGAUCAGAUCUGGGCAUUUGUCGAACCGGCUCUCUGUCACAUCCUGAGUGCUUCAACGCCAAACGGAGAGCCUGCUCGAAUCGACGCCGAGUACUACUCCCAUAUAUACACUACGCUUUAUAAUCUCAGCACUACUUCUCCCAGGGGACGAAGUGUGUCAGGCGCUGCGGGACAUGCAUUGGCACGCCUGGCUUCCUUGCAGCUCUUUAGCAGGCCUCCAUCCAAUUCUGCGGGUAAACAGCGCGACUUCACUCCCCCGGAAUCAGACUCUGUAUCAGAUCAAGUUGAUUACGGUCCCUAUCUCCGACUUGAAGAUACUUUCCGUCGACACGCCCAAAAUGUCUUGGAUAACGCUCCAGCCAAUGACCCUCGGUUGAUCGAGUACCUCCUAACACAGUAUCAGCGUUAUACCCGUUCGGCCACUUACAUCUCCCGAAUGUUUUCAUAUCUGCAUCGUCAUUUUAUUAGACGAAUGAUUGCUGCUGGGCACGGCUGGUUGGACAUGACGCCUCACGAGACCAUCAGUCAACUUGCUCGCUACCCCCCCGGUCGCCGACCAUCGGAGCGCGAGCUGGAGGAACGGAUCGCGAACGAAAUCAAGGCCAGACGGUUGGUGGAGCUCAAGAAAUGGGGUUAUACUACAGGUUCUCGUGACACCCACUCUCGUGAGUCGGAGGCAACGGCAGAAGCCUGCGCUGAGGCUGCUAGUCCCUCUGAUAAGAUUGUACCCAUUCUAUCCCUUGCACUUCGACAAUGGCGUAUACAGGUGCUCGAACCUUUGGGUGUGGAUUCGCGUUUGUCGAGAGUCGCCUUGACGCUCGUCCGUCGCCCGACCAACGACAAGACUCCGGAGAAGAUGCAACGGAUGCUCAAGUCCUGUGGGGUAAGAGGAGCCGAUCCGGCUCGCAAGGUACUAAAGCGAUAUACACAGUCCCCAAAAUAA